GACAAAACAGAACAGUACAACACAACUCAGCACACAGCACCAGAGACAAUCGACAGUCAUGGCAGCUCAUGACUUGAGUAUGGACGUGAAGAUGAGUUCUGGUGCAGAGCAGAUAGAGUUGGGCAGCCUGCAGGAAUCAGACUCAGACUCAAAUGAAGAUUUCCAGAGUGAAAGGACAGAAGAUCCAGAAGAGUGCAGAGUCCACUUCGAGAAUGCAGCCUCUCCUGUCAUGGUUGUGGAAAUAGGUGGCCUGAAUGAAUCAGACUCAGACUCAGACUCAGACUCAGAUUUCCAGAGGCUUCCCCUGAGUGAAAGGACAGAGGAUCCAGAACAGCGCAGAGUGCACUUCGAAAAUGCAGCCUCUCCAGUCUUGGCCGUGGAAAUAGGUGCCGAGCAGAUAGAGCUGGACGGACUGAAUGAAUCAGACUCAGACUCAAGUGAAGAUUUUCAGUGUGUUCCCUUGGCUAGUGGUGAAAGGUCAAAGGAUCCACAGCAGCCUUGCGUCCAUAACCCCACAGAUCAGCUCCAACCCACAGAUCAGCUCCAACCCAUAGGCGGGCACGAUGGCGUUACACGGCGGGUCCUCUCAGCUAUGCCAAGCCACACCAUCAGGCGUAACCGUACUGCGGUUCUCUCUCAGUACAUGGACGGCCCUGAGCGUAGACACCUCAUCUCCACCUUCUUCUCCUCGGAGGUCACCGUCUGCUCUCGCAGCUCCUCGGACACUUCACAUCAGGGGCUCAAUGAUGAAGUGAGGCAAAGAGAGGAGUUGGUGAAGAGCCUUAAGAAAGUGUCCAAAAGGGAGGGAGUGUCCAGGAUUCGCAGCAUGCCCUUGAGUGUGGAUGAGAAAAGACAACUGCGGAGAGAUACCUAUCAGGAUGUGGAGGAUACUUCCAGGCCCACAGCUGUGCGCUGUAGCUGGCUUCACCGUGCUGAGAGGUGGGCGCUGCAGCACGGGCCCAUGAUGGUGUCUACUCUGCGAGGCGUGCGGCUGUGGAGGGGCCCCCUGAAGCGCAUCGGGGCCCACUUUGGCUCCGGGGUCUUAUCUUACUUCCUGUUUCUCAGGAAGCUGUUGCUGUUUAAUGGUGUCAUGGCCGCCCUCAUGGGCCUUUUCGUGGUGCUACCUCAGGCUACGCUGGGCCCAACGUCGCCACGGCAGGACUUCGCAGGCCUGGAGCUACUCACGGGCGAGGGCUUCUUCGCCAACUCUCUGCUGUUCUAUGGCUACUACUCCAACUCCAGCAAGAAGCAGGCGUGCCUCACGUCGUGUGGUGGCGGCGAGGGGGUGGAGCUGGGCCAGAAGCAGGCGUGCCUCACGUCGUGUGGUGGCGGCGAGGGGGUGGAGCUGGGCUACAGCAUCCCCCUGGCCUACCUCUUCAUCGUCAACAUCUCCUUCCUCAUCACCUGCAUCAUGCUGUUGCACAGUCUGUCUAAGUCCCUGGGCAAGACGCUGCUGUCCGAGGCGGGCUUGACAGUGUGGCUGUUCAGCUCGUGGGACUUCAAAGUCACCAAGAAGUCAUCGGUCCUUCUGAAGCGAGCCAGCAUCACCACCCAGCUAAAGGAGCUGAUCUCUGGGAGCCUGGCGAAGAGGAGGGGAGACUGGAGGGUGUGGCUGUGGCAGGGGCUGGUGUGUGGGCUGGUCUGGACCAUCUGUCUCGCCUGUACGGGGGUCUGCAUCCUGGGCAUCUUCUUUUACAUCAUCCACCUGGAACAGGAUACUCAUGUGCUGGUGUUGCCAGUGCUGGUGAGCUGUGUGAACAUGCUGCUGCCUGGAGUGUUCAGAGCCGUGAGCCGCGCAGAGAGCUUCCAGUCCCCCAGCACACGCACAUAUGUGGCCAUCACAAGAAACUUACUGCUGAAGAUGAGCAUCCUCACCCUGCUCGCCUAUCAUUGGAUGACACAUCUCAGAACACAUAGUCACCAGGAAUGCUGGGAAACGUAUGCUGGCCAGGAGCUUUACCGUCAUGUGAUCACGGACCUGCUGAUGACCCUGCUGCACACCCUCCUGGCUGAGGUCCUGUGGAGCCAGUGUGUGCAGAGUAAAAAGAGGAAGCCUGUGUUUGACAUCGCAAGGAAUGUUCUAGACCUGAUCUACGGGCAGACUCUAGCCUGGGCUGGAGUGCUGUUCUCUCCGCUACUGCCAGUGGUGCAGAUUCUCAAGCUCCUGCUCCUCUUCUACACAAAACAGGCUAGUCUUUUGCAUAACUGCCGCCCCUCCCACCGGAUGUGGAGAGCCAAUCAGAUGCGUUCAGUCUUCACAGCCAUACUCUGUUUCCCAACAUUCACUGGAGUAGCCACAUGUGUGGCCUAUGUCCUCUGGACGGUGGAGCCGUCACCUUCCUGCGGUCCGUUCCGGUCGCUCCCCACCAUGUUUUCCCUGGAGCGGGAGUGGGUGGAGCUGGAAGAUGCCCACCCGAGCCUGUCGUGGCUGGCUGUGGUCUACACCUACCUGCUCAAGAGGCCCCUCAUCUUCUACAUCGCCACCAUCCUUCUAGCGGUGGUUAUCUACAUUCACAAACAAAGAUGUGACGGGCAGUCUGAGCUAAUCUCACUCCUGAAGAGACACAUCAGAUAUGAGGGGGAGGAUAAGAACUUUCUCAUCAGUAAACUGAAAGAACUUCAUCAUCAGCAGCAGGAAUGAUCAGCACUGCUGGAGAUGGGAGAGAGGGUGGAAACGUGACUUCUACUAAGAAAGACUCGAUAGGCAAAAUGAAAUUUAAAGUAUUUAUUGACAACACGCAAGUAGGCAGCAGUGAUUCUCUUUGGCGAAGGCCCCCCGCCUGCUUCAAAGUAUUCCAAUGAAGAGGGUGCAUAUCCUGCCAGUGGACGAGGCAGGGGUGAAUGCUUACUCCCCUUCACUGGCCAAUGACGGUGGGUGGCGUGUCGGAGGUGGUAGCAUCCAUAUUAGAGUACCAGAGUGAACCAUCGACCCAGAGCCUAAGCGACUGAAGCAGAGACCCUCUGCAUUACUCUCCGUGGCGAAGACUGGAGAGAAGGUGCUAAUUCACGUCUGAUCUCUGGACCUUGCGCGUCCACAGCUGAAGCAGAGGACCACUGCUUCACCCCCUCACAGGACAGGGACUAACUGGCAAUGGAGGCCGAAGGGGAGGAGAUGGGGGCGUCGACAAGCCUCUAGUAGUCUUUUCCACUGCCGUUUUUCUGGUAGGUCUACAGCUCGACGCAGCGUGACUCGGCCGCUACUUUUUGCUUUUCGAAUAGGCAUG